ACGCAACGGAUCUACAGCGUACACGUAGAUAUGGUCUUUGCGACGGUUCGUUACGGACAAGACCAAUACAUCCUCAUCAAUCCUCAAUGUACGGUGAUAAAUUUGCUGGAUGACAUGCGAAGACGAUGUGGCCAAACGCCAACCAUCUGUCUCGAUUUGACGGAUCAAACAGGUCUCGUGAUCGACCUCGACGCGCACAAAACAGAAUACGCAGACAAGUAUCUAAAGACACACGAGACGUACGUUCUAGUUGAGAAGCAAGUACUCGAAGAAGACCUUCUCAAUUCAGAGUUCGGCUCGUCAACCGCAGAUCUGGCGUUGGUCCGUACACCAUCACCAGCCCAAUCGAUUCGCUCAACGCGCUCUCAAGAGAAACCGAAAUACAACGUCUUGUUGGACAACAUACGAGAGCUGCUGCCAGAUUAUCGCGUGCGGCGUUCCAACGAGAAGAGAAAAGACGCAUCGUCAAGGCCGACGAGCAGAGUAAGCGAUGAAGACGGAUCUGGAAGGGGGAAAUCUAGAGGAGGACGCACCAUGAAAUCAGUGGCACAUGCCAUCAGUGCUAGGAAAAGACUCAAGGCAUCGGCACAUUGAAAAACGGACCGACAAAAUGCGUCUACACUGUAGAGGGAUCAACUGGUCAUUAUGUGAUGAAAAUCCAUUUUUACAUUAAUUAAUUAAUUAAUUUGACUUUCAAAGUUAAAUACAGACAUAGGUACCUGAACUUGUUAUGUACUGUACUUGUAAUGUAGAGAUACACUUUCUACGUGCACCACAUCAUGGAAGACUGAAGAUUAAAAUUGACUACUAGCAAACAAUACUUUUGAUAAUUUACUUACUGUACAUGUUGUCUGGUCUGCAGUUAUUUGGCUGCAGGCUGAGUGUUAAAAUUUAGUUUUUCCGGGUGUAAUAUAAACUAUGUUCCCUAAACAACCCCAUACUGUGCAGCAGCGCUAAAAAAUCAGAUGUUCAUAAAAUAAAUGAAAAACAAAAUUGUAAAUAAGACAUGCCGACUUCACAUAAUGUGACAUUAAUUAACUUAAACAGUUGCUCAAAACCUUAAAAU